UAUUUGUGAUGUUAUUUUCUGGCAUCACUACUCUUGAUUUUGUUGUGUUUAGUUGUCGAAGCUAAAUGGACUUGCAGUUGCUAAUGCAGCAAAUGUAUGCCGGUGCGUCGGUCAUGACGAUGCCGCAACCGAGCAUGAAUGGUUACGGCUACGGAGUUGCACCUGGCCAGCACCAACAGCAUCCCAUUUACCCUUUUCCACCCACUGAAAACGGCGACCAGGCUGUGGAGCUGCUGGAGGAUGACGACGACGAGGAGGAAGACGAGGAGCAACGCACCUUGUUCUGCGGCAAUCUCGACGAGCGCGUGACGGAGGAGAUCCUGUACGAGGUGUUCCUGCAAGCCGGCCCCAUCGAAGGAGUGCGGAUACCGACGGACAACAACGGGCGUCAACGGAACUUCGGGUUCGUCACAUACCAACGCCUGUGUGCGGUGCCCUUUGCCCUGGACUUGUACCAGGGCCUGGAGCUGUUCCAAAAGAAAGUGACCAUCAAGCAGCAGGGCGGCAAGCAGCAGCAACUACCUGCCUUCAACCAUAGUCGUCUGCGCAAUCCAUUCAUGAUGGAGGCUCCACCGCAGCCAUCGCCUCUCCGCCACGCCCGCCACAGUUUGCAUGACGCCAAGCCGUACGAUCGGAAUCCAUUUGGACACAACGGCGACCAACGGCGCCGGAGCGACAGCUCUGUCGUGGAACGCAACCGGCCAAAGCCACAGCAACACCACCAGCACAUGCAGGGAGGCAGCAGAAGGUCGGACCAACGCCACAACAACAAACGGAGAUUGCUUUAGGAUUUCCCAGCAAUUUAGUCUUUAUGAGUAGCCUAAGCACAAUCUAUAGAAAAACUAUAAAGAGCCUUGUAAUAAAAGUAUUUUUAAAGUUUUGCCGAAUCAAA